GAUUUUUCCGAGAUCUACCAGAACCUUUGUUGACUAUCAAAUUGUCGCCAUAUUUCCUGAAAGCUUCAGCUAAAAAAGACUCACAAGAAAAGCUGACGUACUAUAAAAAGUAUUUGGCUUUGUUACCCAUGAUUAAUGCAGCCACUUUGAAAAAACUCGUUGGACAUUUGCACUUUAUACAGAGUCAGCAGAGCAAAAAUUUAAUGACUGUGGAUAAUUUGGCGGCAAUUUGGGGGCCCACUUUACUUAAAAGCCAGGUUGGUCUAUCUGAAUAUUCUACUGUUGAAUACACCGUGAUUGUCGACUUAAUAACAAUGUACAGACAAUUGUAUGAGUUAACAGAUGAUGAUUUAAAUAAAGAAAGUCUUAUGUUGACUGUAUUGAUGAGGUAUCAUAGUGCUGCUAAUAGUAUUGCUCCGAUUAAACCUUCAGGAGAUAUCAGGAUGUGGAUUCAGCUUGAGAAUGCUACUAAAGAUUGUGUGCCAAUAUCGGUAACUCCUCAAAUGACUGCCAAUGAUAUUUGUUACGCUAUGAGCAGUAAAAUGGGUAUAAAUGGUCACGAAUUAAUUGUUGAAGAAAAUGUUCUGCAAGGACAACUAAAGCGUCCUAUGCAUUUUAGUGAAAGCAUUUUGGAAACAGUGCUCAGGUGGGGAUAUUGGAAUGAUGAGGAUAGAAAAGAUAAUAUUUUAGUCGUAAGAAAAGAUAACUUCUUUAGAGAAGUAGCACCGUUUUCCUGCGCACCUUGCACCAUGUCUGGUGAAUUAAAGUUCGCAGACACGAAGAGCAAAAGUUUCAAAGUUCAAACAUUCGAUUACAAUCAAGCAAAAUUGACAUAUUACAAAGAUAAAAGUGGUGCGAAUAGAGUUUGCGAAUGGAAAAUAGAAGAAAUUGUUUGGUAUCUAGGAUUUGAAACAAAAAGAAACCCACAGUCUUUAUGGGCAGUCACUUUUGUACCUAGGAUAAAUAAACCCAAAAGGUCGAAAGACAAUCCAUUUUUUGGUUGCACGAUUGCUGGUUCCAACACUCGUGAUAUGUUGAAAUGGCUUGGAGUCAUGCUUUGUUCAGAAUAUCCUCGUGGAGUUAUAGCUCCUGCAAGACUUUUAUUGGAAUGAACUUUAAACUGGUGAAAAGUAUACAAAAGACUGAUAUUUGACUUUACUUUGAUGUACCAAGUAGUCAUUAGAGGUAAUGUGAUUAGAAAUAAUUUUAUAUUUGUUAUAAAAUAUAUUGAAAUCAUGGUAAGUUUAUUAAUAAGAAUAUUAGGAAUGAUUAAUUUCGAGAAGGCCAUCACCAUUAUGACUUAUAUUUGUCUUCGCAUAUGCAAAAUGUAUAUAUAAAGGCAUUUAAGCCUAAUUAUAAUUGCUGACAAAGAUAAUAAUAUUUACAAUUGUUCUGAUGACAAUAGCACUGAUGAUGUAUGGGAAAAUAAAUGCAAAGGUAAGGCUGUUUAAUUUUCCUUCAUUUAAAAUUUGUUGACCAGAGUACAGAAUUUUAUAUUAAAAAUAUAUUAUGCAUAAUACACUUUAGUAUUCAUUAAUACUAAGUAUUAUAAUACUUUGUGUUUAAAUGUAGUUAUGGUAUGCGAUGUAAUAUAUAUAAUAUAAUAUAGCAACAUAACAUUUUAACUUUUAUUGUAA